UUUUGGAUUUUGUAGUAAUCAAAGUUAUUAACAAUUGUAAUAAUUACUGGGUUAUAUUUAUAAAUAUAAACAAAAACAUCAAAUUUACUUUUAUUUGUUUAUAUAAUUACAUAUAUUUAUAUAUUAUAAUAAUAAUAAUUAUUAUUAAAACAAUAAAGUUUGAAAUUUACAAAAUAUUUUAUAAUUUAUUGAGUUAAUUUAUGUUUGUUAUGGAAUUAAUCAGAUUUAAAGUCAUAUAGGAAUGAUGGUCAAAAAAUGUCUUCGAGAUAAUAGAGACCUUUUUUUGAAAUUUUUCAUUUGACAGCAAAGAAAAAAACAAAAUGAAUAUUGUUCGUAUAAAUGGAAAAAAUGUUAUAUUUAUCAUACUUUCAUUGAUAUUUAAUUCAGUUAAACAAGUGCAUAUGGGAUAUGAGGGUAUGAUGAGUUACGCUUUCACAAAUGUUACACCAGCUAAUAAUAAUAAAAAACAGGAUGAUCUUUAUGGUUUAUGUCCAGUCGGAAAAUUAUGUUCAGAAAUGGGAGGUGAUUGUUUGACAUGUGAUCUUGAUCCUCAUUGUGAUUAUGGAUCAAUGUAUACUGUGAAUUGUACUGUUCCUGAUUCAGUAGAUUGUGUGGGAGAAAGAUCAUUUACGAAACAAUAUAUGUGUAGAUAUUGUUACCAAACUGAUCACUGGGAACACAAAUGUCAUUUAAAAAAUUCAUGUAAUUCUGUCGCUUCACCUCCGCAAUAUUACAGAACUAAUUGUACAGUAAACAGUGACAUCAUAUGUUUAGGAAGACGAAAAUUUAUGAAAAAUUUGCGUUGUAAUUGGACUGGGGGAUACAAAUGGUCGACUGCAUUAAUUUUGAGCAUAACACUAGGUGGUUUUGGUGCCGACAGGUUUUACUUGGGACACUGGCAAGAAGGUAUCGGCAAAUUGUUCAGCUUUGGUGGACUGGGUGUAUGGACACUCAUAGACGUCAUGUUAAUUUCCAUAAGAUAUUUAGGACCCGCAGAUGGUUCUUUGUAUAUUUAAUUUAAAAAUACUAAUUGCGCUCAGUGAUUUGGCCGUGAAUGAGGAGCAAAACCAAACAUUAUUUAUUUAUUGUAUUUAUAAUUAUUUCAUAUUUGUUAAUUCAUAUUAUACAUAUUUAUUUUUACACAGUAUAUUUCGUGAUUAGUAAAAAAAUUUAUUUUCUAAGAAUAUAAAAACUGAUUAUUAUUAUGGUUUACUAUUAAUUGUAAAUGAUUAUUAUCAAAAAUUGCAGUUGAAUGAACUUUUAAAUAUAAUGAAGACUUUUUAAAUUUA